AUGGAGGCGCAGCCCAAAGAUCGGGCACGGGACAGUCGAAAUCAGCACCGCGGAGACGACGCCAGCCCUCCUCGGUGGACCCCUGGCCUAAAACAUGAGCAGAACCACUUCCACCAGCGCCAGCAUCAGGAAACGAACGCGAAGAAAACAGGCCACAAAAAAGUAAGCGUUGGUGAGGAGGAGGUGGAAAAGAGCAGGCAUUUGUUUACUACCGUUGGUAUGCCGCAUCCUCCCAACAGCAAUGGAAACAGACACGCAAGUAACACAAACGUGAAGAAGUCGACGACGCGGCUGUACUCGGCGGCUCCGAAAGCCGGCGGCAAAGGACUAGACUACAAAAAGACUAUGGACCUAAAGAAUGAUAAAGCUGUUGACUCGAAUCAUCAAGAGGAUAAGAAAGACGCCGCGUUGCUUCAAAACGGUGUCGCGCAUACCGACGUUAUUCUUAAUGGCUACUCGUGCAAGGACUACGACGGCAGCGGAUCGGAGGCUGGCUAUACCGUGUCCAAGAAACAUAAGGCAAGAUGUAACGUGAAGAACACCGACAACGCCAUGGGAGAGCAGGAGGCUGCGACUUUCAAUAUGGAGGCCGCCGAGAAAGGAGGGACUUCUCGACCCGACUGCUUAAAAGCCACGCACAAAGCGGAGACUCAGUCGGCGCCGAGACGGACCGAGGCCUCGGUAGGGGAACCUUCGAGGAAAAACUCUUUGGGUAAAAAGAUUGAGGAGCGACACAAAGCCAAGGUAUGCUCACCUUCAAAAGAGGAUUCGUGGACUUUGUUCAAGCCACCUCCAGUGUUUCCUGUGGACAAUAGCAGUGCUAAAAUAGUUCCCAAGAUCAGUUAUGCAAGUAAAGUCAAAGAGAACCUCAACAAAGUAGCUCAAGGUGGAGCAGAAGUAGUGCCUCCUCCCGUCAGACUGUCGCAGGUUCCCAUGUCCGCUAUGAAAACCAUCACUUCGGCUAGCUUUACUAACGGGCCGGUUUCCGCCAGCGGGAAUGGUACCUUCUUUUCGCCCGCCGCUACGGCGAGUGGGGACAAUGUAGCAUCUCCUUUAGAAAGUAAGUGUAACUCUAGCUCUACAAGCAGCCCCCCCAUUAAGGGGGAGGCGUACGAACUGAGAAAGUAUUCUCUUUUAAUUUACCCUUUAAAUAUGCAAGCCGCGCUCCCUAGUGCCCGCCACCUCAACCCGCCGGCUACUCAGACAAAUCAAAAAGCCCUGGGAGAAAUCUUCCAAAAUAAAUGGGGGCUGUCCUUCAUUAACGAGCCCAACUUGGCGCCGGAAGGCGGGAGCGGCCCGCCGCCCGCGCAGGACGGCCUACCUCCGGGCCAGCGUCGGGCCAAGCCGUGCUUCGAAGGCCCUUUCUUCCUGGAGACGGGCACUUUGGCUCAAGACGGCGAGAAAAGGACGUUUAUUAUUUCGCCCGCUCGCGUCCCGGCCAAGGAGGAGAACGGAGAAAAGACGAGCGCGGACGCGCCCCGUAAGGAAAGCGCUGCUAAGCUCGCGCAGGGCCACGCCGACACCGUGUCGUUUGGCACGUCCAAAGAACAGGUCUCGUUGAAAGAUGUCUGCAGAAGGCGGAGUUGGGGGGCAUUCGAUGUCAAAGCUGCUGUCACUUAUCACACUAAAGAAAUGGAAUACGUUUUCAGCUUGCAAAAACAAUAUCCAAAUCUAGUACUGGUUUAUGACGAGGCCGAGGACGGACCCGAUCAAUGA